CUUACUAUAUAUACAUACAAGAUAGAUUUACAUGCAUAACUAACCAUUCCCUCUUCUUGAUAAAUCCAUAGCAUCCUAUUAUCAUUGUAUAUUAGAUUUUUUUGGCUAUUAAAGGUAAAAGUGAAUAUAUGGUGGUGUGUUUAUCUGUGCAGUACGUACCAAGAGCAGAGCCAGAGUGAGGAUGAAGGUGGACGAUAUCGUGUAUUUGGCCCUCUUACUGGCGUCCAUAGGCUUCGGGCACGUGUACAGGAGGAUAGAAAACCUCGAAAUAAAGAAAUGUGUCGGCACAGUGGUGGGAGGAGCGGUGAUUGUGGCUGUCUCAGGCUGGCACACCUUGCACCCUCUCUUCCUCACUGCUGUCAACAUCGCAAUUCUUCAGUUCGUGUCUAAGAGCUUGUGCCACGUUGUGAGCUUCUGGUUUAGCUUUGGAUACUUGCUGUUCUGCCGACUAAGUCACUAUAUUGGGCUGACCAUGACUCCUCCGCACACAAAUGCUGUUCAGAUGAUGAUUACUCUAAAAUUGAUUGGAAUUUGCUUUGAAGUUCAUGACACUUGGAAAAAGCGAGGAGAACUGAAAAAGGAAGAGGAUAAGGAUAAAAAAGCUCAGUUGGAAAUGGAACUACGGCAUGAGGAAGUAGAACCCUCCCCCAUGGACAUUUGUCAUUAUGCAUUUUGUUACAUUGGUGUUCUCACAGGUCCAUACUAUAAAUACCGGGUGUACACUGACAUGCUGCAUGGCACUCCAGAGAAAAAUGGCUUGGACUGCCUAAAAGCCAUGCUGAAUAGGGUCUGGGUGGUGCCACUGUAUGCUGUGGCCUUCCUUGUGUCCGGCUACUUCUUCCCACUGUCUUUUGCAGAAAGUAAGGAAAUAUUCAGCGAUUACGGCUUCUUCUAUCGAAUAUGGUACAUGACUCCAGUUUUCUUCAACUUCCGUAUGCGCAUCUAUGCUGGGUUUGUCCUCUCUGAGUGUGUGUGCAUCAUGGCGGGCCUGGGAGCUUACCCCACUGUCUGUGAGCCCAAACCUGGCCGAGGACCUACCAAAUACGAACACAUGGAACAAUUGUCUGGAGAAAAGGGAAAAAUUGAGUACAAUUUCAAAACGGUACACAACAUUGAUGAAUAUGGAGCGGAUUUCACCCCAACAGUGCGUGCAGGAAUGAGGUGUUGGAACAUGACGGUCCAGUAUUGGCUGGCAAACUUUGUCUACAAACGUUUGAAGUUGGCACGGCCAGUGAAAGAGGCAUUGACGAUGUUAGCAUCUGCAUAUUGGCACGGAGUGCACUCAGGUUACUACCUCUCAAUGCUGACGGUGCCCUUCAUCCUUGCUGUAGAAGAUUAUUAUGAUCGCUUAGUCCGGAAGAAACUUGGUACCACUGGACAGUGUGUGUACGAUUGGUUUGCAUGGUUUGUAAAGAUGCAGAACUUUGCCUACAUGGGCAUGGCCUUCUUACUGCUGCGUGUGGAUACAACCCUCCAUUACUGGCACUCCAUUGGGUACCUUUAUCAUGGCCUCAUAAUCAUCAUGCACUGCAUUGCUCAGUACAUAAAUCUUAUCCUUGGCAAGGCCGAAGUCAAGCUGAAGAAGAGCAGAGCAACUGCAGUGAUUGAUGAUUACACCAAAAUGCGUUUUGUGAGGACCAAGGAUCAAGUUGUGGACGGAGAUCUCCCGGCAGUAAAGCCGCCAGACAGCGACAAGGUUGUUGAGGCCAAGCAGGAGUGAUAAUCACAAGAUUAAUAGCAGUGAAAUGAAAAAGAAAAGGUAAAUACAAUUAAAAUUUUCUAGAUGCAGUUGUACAAUCAUACAAAUGAAGCUAAAGUAUUAAAAGGGUGUAGCCUGUAUCCCAUAUGUAGUCUGAUGAGUGCAUGGUGAUGUUUGGGAUAAUUAUAGUAGUUAUUAAUUGAAGUCAGUAUUUGUGAAAAAAUACAUCAAUACAAUAGGCUACAAUAUAUCAUGUACUUUAUAUGAUAAUUUAACUGUAACCCCUCCUCUAGUAUUAAUAAAUUCCCCUAUUGGUAUUCAUGCUAUUGAUAUAUUAUAUGUCAGUAUCAUGCUAGUGGAAAAUGGAUAGUUCAUGCUACUUAUACUAAUGAAAGCAAAUAUCCUUAACAAUUUCCACCACCAGGAAUCCAUCACUGCCACUUUUUUUUAUGCAACCUUUACAAGACACUGAUGACAAGCAUUUAUUACUUUUAUGUUUACUUAUUUACUCUAGUACUUAAUGUAUGUAGUAUUUAUCUGUGUUUGACUUAUUUGUUUGUUUGUGUAUUUAAUACAUUUUGUUACUGCUUUGUAAUGCUGCAGUGUAAUCUAUCAUCUAAGAGGGAGGACCCAAAAGUUCCUGAAAAUUAUCCCUUGUUCUAGAAAAGCAUUACUUGUGGGUAGUGUGGUGAAUCACUCUGUUACAUGAUAUUGCAUAUCUGGUGUGUUUACUUUGUUCAUGGGGAUUUUUGUUCUCAUACCAUUUUGACAAUUUUGAAUGCAUGAAGUAUGUGCAUAAAAUUUUAUUUUUUGUGUAGGAAAAUGCAUCCGAGGCAGUGACUACUUGAUAAAGCUUUGCAGGAGGAGGCUAUGAAAAUAUCACAAGUGUAAGAAUGUUGUAUGCAUUUUGAGAAAGGCUUCAUGGCAGUCCAUGACUCCACUGUGACAUCAUCACACUAUCAACGAAUUAGUGAAUGUCACAAGUAUGUUCCCUGAAGCUCUAUCCAAUGGGGUUUGACACAAGACUUCGCAAAUACCAUGUCUCAGCAAAAUCUGUAAAAACCUAAGUUUACAGGUAUGACCUUUGAUCAGGCAGCAGUCCUGUCAUUUGAAGAUGCCAGCAUCUGAAAGACUCAAAAAGGUCAUCAGGUCAGUUCCAACACCAAGGCAAUGUUGAUUUUUUUUCUUACAUUGACGGAUGUUGUCCCAAAAAAAUAUUCCCCUUGGGCAUAUUGUGAAUGAAACAGCAAUUUUACAUUACUGUUUAUUACAGUGGUAAGAAGAGAGGCUGACUACCUCAUACACCUGCAGCUCAUGCCGCCACACCAUGGACGGCCACAACAAAAAGCUGGAUACUGUGAAAGUGGUCUUGCACAGGGGGGCUGAUGACAGCGAGUUAACUGAUUUAAUAAUAAAAGUCUUUAUAUAAAGAAUAAUACAAUAGGUUGGGGAAAGUAUUGAACAAUAUCAGGAGCUAGAUGUUUCCCCCCUCCCUCCUUGUAACACCAGAGCAGCUGUGGCAGAGCAGUAUUGCCACAAAAAGUGAAAUUUUUGUUUUGGUUAAAUUUGUAUUUAGAAGUGUUUGCAACAAAUGGCAGUCAUUGAUUAUUACUUUCACAUUGAAAAUUUCAGAAAAAGAGAAGUACAUAAUUUGACUUUUUUUAUA